UCCUCUCUCUGGCCUGUCAGCACCAGUUCUGCCGCAGCUGCUGGGAGCAGCAUUGCUCCGUGCUCAUCAAGGACGGUGUGGGUGUGGGUGUCUCUUGCAUGGCUCAGGACUGCCCACUUCGAACACCAGAGGACUUCGUGUUUCCAUUGCUGCCCAAUGAAGAACUGAGAGAUAAAUACAGGCGCUACCUCUUCAGGGACUAUGUGGAGAGUCACUACCAGCUCCAGCUAUGCCCUGGUGCAGACUGCCCCAUGGUUAUCCGGGUACAGGAGCCCAGAGCUCGCCGAGUACAGUGCAAUCGGUGCAACGAGGUCUUCUGUUUCAAGUGUCGUCAGAUGUAUCACGCCCCCACAGACUGCGCCACAAUCCGGAAAUGGCUCACGAAGUGUGCAGACGACUCUGAAACAGCCAACUACAUUAGUGCCCACACUAAAGACUGUCCCAAGUGNAUCAUUCUGUUGUUUUUGAUGGCAGAGUAA